CAGUUAAAUAAGCCUGCCAUGCUGCUGCCAAGUAUAAAUUCACUCCUACCAUGGUAAAGGCAGGCAACACUUGGCCUGACCAUCCAUGGGGCAGCAUCUGUGAGCAGGGGGUGGCGUGUGAGCGUGUGCUAGCCUCCGAUGGACUUCAUUCACAGCAGUGGGGUGCAGGUCAUCCAGCACCUCCAGAGCAACUACAAAGACUACCAUGACUUCCUCAACUUCAUGUCGUCCGUUGGCGAUCCACGGAACAUCUUCUCGCUCUAUUUCCCACUCUGGUUCCAGCUCAGUCAGAUUGUUGGGACGAAGAUGAUCUGGGUGGCUGUAAUUGGCGACUGGCUUAAUCUCAUUUUCAAAUGGAUUUUGUUUGGACAUAGGCCGUACUGGUGGGUGCAGGAAACCCACUUCUAUCAGAACCACUCUCUACCUCAGCUUGAGCAGUUCCACAUCACCUGUGAAACAGGACCAGGUAGCCCCUCUGGCCAUGCCAUGGGCUCAUCGUGUGUGUGGUAUGUAAUGGUAACAUCUGCAGUCAAUUUCACAAGACCACACAGCGACACAACCUACCAAGAGUCGCAGAGGUUUCGCCUUGUGUGGUCAUUUCUCUGGAUUGCAUUCUGGGUCAUUCAGAUCAGUGUCUGUGUUUCAAGAGUAUUUAUUGCCACCCACUUCCCCCAUCAGGUCGUCCUUGGGGUUUUAGCAGGUAUGCUGGUGGCUGAAGCAUUCGAGCGUAUCCCCUCCAUCCACACGGCCAGUUUUAAGGUCUACCUCCAGACCAGCCUCUUCCUUUUCUCCUUCGCCCUCAGCUUCUACUUCCUCCUCAAGAUGAUCCACAUCGACCUGCUCUGGUCCAUCUCCAAGGCCAAGAAGUGGUGCAUCAACCCAGACUGGAUCCACCUGGACACCACGCCCUUCGCCGGCCUGGUGCGCAACCUGGGCGCUCUGUUCGGCCUCGGCCUGGCCAUCAACUCGCAGAUGUUUCUGAAGAGCUGCAAGGGCAAGAACGGCUACACGACGCGCUUCAAGCUGACGUGCGUGGCCGCCACGCUCACCACCCUGCAGCUCUACGACCUCAUCAAGGUGCCCACGCACACCGAGGUCCUCUUCUACACCCUGUCCUUCUGCAAGAGCGCAGUGGUGCCACUCAGUGUGGUUGCUCUUAUCCCUUACUGUGUCCACCUUUUGAUUGGAGACCCAGGGAAGAGACUGGAUUAGACUGAUGUAAAUAUGCUGGAUUGUUCAAGUGUAUGAAGUCGCUGUCUCGGCUUGUAUUAAGAGAGUUUGAUAAUUAUUUUGUCAAGGAAUCAGAUGUUGAGGCGAUGCACACUGUCAUGUCAUGAGAAGAUUGGGUGUCUUUUUACUUGAGUUGUUUACAUAUGCGUUAGUCUGAGCUUUUGUAUAGUAAUGAAAAUAAACUGUGAACGGUAAUUAUUUUCAUUUGUUUUAUGUACUAUAUUUGUAUGCAGAACCUGUUCUGAAUUAAUGAUGCUUUAGAGAAAAGCACCACGCAUUUUGUAAAUAUUCCUGAAAUGCAUUAAUAUUCUUAUAAACUGUUUUCUGUGUCCAUUAAAAAAAU